UCCCUUCCCUUCUCAUUUCAGUGAUUUUCUCCCCUUGCUUCUCUAUGCUAAUUUGCGAGUGCGAUAAUGACUUCCUCCUUCUGUUCCCUCUUUUUUCUGUUGUCUUUAUCCGCCUCGACGGCCGCGAGUGCGACAUAUCAACUUGACGCCCGAUUUUCGGGGGCGACGUUUUUCGAUAACUUUAAUUUCUUCACUGGCCACGACCCAACCAACGGAUUCGUAACAUAUGUCACUGCGCCCUUCGCCUCCCAAUGGGGCCUGACUCGACAUCCCCCAGACGGAAGCGUCUACAUCGGCGUCGAUUACAUGAAUGUCCUUAACCCUUAUGCUGGAGUUGGAAGGGAUAGCGUAAGGAUUAGUAGCAAGAAGAGUUGGGGGACGGGGAGCCUGGUUGUGGUUGAUUUGGCGCAUGCUCCCGGGGGGCAGUGUGGGGCCUGGCCUGCAAUGUGGUUGCUUGGCCCCAACUGGCCUUGGGGUGGGGAGAUUGAUAUUAUUGAAGGGGUUAAUAGCAACACGAAAAACCUCAUGUCGCUGCAUACAUCACCAGGUUGCGUGGUAAACUCGGGUUCUUGGGAGUCGGGCAGCCGCACAACAACAAACUGCGAUACGAGCGUAAACUAUAACUCAGGAUGUGGGGUGACGUCUGGCGACUCGCGUUCGUAUGGCUCAGGUUUCAACAAGGCAGGUGGUGGCGUCUACGCCACUCAAAUAACUCCCACCUCUGUUUUAAUCUGGUUCUUCCCUCGCAACAGUAUCCCAUCAAACCUGCAAGAUCCAGCGACAUGGGGAGUGCCACAAGCUAAUUUUGUGGGCUGUGACGUGCAAACUCAUUUCAGCAACCUACAGUUGGUAUUUGAUAACACAUUUUGUGGGCACUGGGCCGGUGCUGUGUGGCCUUAUGAUGCUUCUUGUGCCCCGCUUGAUGGGAAUGGAUGUGUGGAUUUCGUUGCAAAAAAUCCGACAGCUUUUGAAGAGUCGUACUGGGGAAUUAAUUACGUUGAGGUGUAUACUUUGGGAUUUGCGCCGACGACGAGUAAGAGUACAACUUCUUCGUCUAAAAGUGCUUCACGUUCUACUCCUUCGACGACUUCGACUCCGUCAUCUAAGCUAUCGAGCUCAUCUACCAAAAAGGCAUCAUCCACUCCAAAGACCACAAGCACGACUUCAUCACUCAAGAAAACGAGUUCAACUUCGAAACCAGCCUCUUCGUCCUCAAGCAAACGUACAAGCAGCACGAGCACGAAACUCUCAUCCUCAACCUCAACUAAGAAGUCAGCGACUACUUCACACCUCUCCUCAUCAAAGCCAGCAUCGACAUCCAAACACCAAACCUCAAGCUCUCCCACACCCAUAGCACCACCAUUCUCCCCCUCAAGCCCAAGCCCAAACACAAACCCAAACCACCACCCAGUCCUCACCUCGCCCAUCCUCUCGCCCACCACCCCAGACACCCUUCUAAGCUUCAAACACCUAGGCUGCAAACCCUCCACCUCUUUCCCCGCCCCCUGCACCAACGUCACAAACCCCGACACGAGCCUCACCUCCUGCCUGCAAUUCUGCCGCCACUACGCGUUCGCAGGGUUGCAUGGUACAACCUGUCUCUGCAGCAACACGCUUCCUCCUUCCUCCGGGUCCCAGACCCAUAUGCAAGGACACGAAAUCUGCAAUUCUCCUUGUCCCGGGGAUGGAAGUCAGGUUUGUGGGGGGCGGGGAAGUGCCAGUGCGGGCGGGAUCGAGGGGAGAGAGAUGGCGGGGAGGGUCAGCGUAACGGUUUUAUCAGAAUUUGUAGCCGGUGGGUGGGGUUGGUGCUGGCGGGGUGGGGAAUGAAAAUGAGAUGGUGGUUCGUUCGCAAGGUGGGAGGACGAAAGGAUCAGAGGCUAGCUGGGGGAUGGGUUGUUCGGUUGCUUAGUUGGUGAUGCCUGUAUGGGCGAUAUUGGGGGG